AUGCCCGCGCCGCAUCUGCUGCCCAAGAGAAUCUUUGUCGGUGCCAUCAUCAGCUCAAGGUCAGCUACCGACCUGAGCAUUAUCGAGCGCGGUAUCCUUGGUGUAGGAUCCGGCGGUGUCAUCCGCUUCUUGGAGGAUCUUGACGUGCUCGAGCGCCAGCUCCCUCAUGCUGCUACUCUGCUCAACCCAAGUACCAGAACUUCAUCCACUGAGUCGUCAACGUCGACCUCGACUGCAACAAGCCACUCCACCGAAGAUCGAUCCUCUACCCCUGUCCCCAUCCCUGGAUCCUCCGCUUCCAGCCUUCCCACACUGCAAGAUGCUCCGGAGCUCGAAAUGCCUCCGCCUGUUGUGCCUUCACGUCAUCCUACCACCAACGCACCCAGCACCGUCGAUGAGGCUUCGCAACGAGAGCAACAACUCAUCAAGCACGUCCUCGACAAGCACGGCUGGCGAAAGGGCCAGUACAAGCUCACGCGUCUUCCCCCUGGCAGCUUCCUCUGCUCUGGUUUCAUCGACACACAUACGCAUGCCUGUCAGGUACCCAACAUCGGUCUCGGUCAGCAGUACGAACUGCUCGACUGGCUCCAGCACGUCACCUUCCCACGCGAGAGGAGGUUCGAAGACGCCAGAUACGCUCGAAAAACGUACGAAUCAGUCGUGCAACGUCUCAUCGACUCGGGUACCACCACUGCAUGCUACUAUGCCACCCUGCAUCUCGAAGCCUCCAAGAUUCUCGCUGAAAUCUGCAAUGAGCGAGGUCAGCGUGCCUUUGUCGGAAAGUGCCAGAUGGACCGCAACUCACCUAUCGACUACAUCGAGAAGAAUGCAUCGCAGUCGAUUGAAGAUACCAAAGAGUUUGUUCGCUUCACAAGGAGCCUCAGGCCGUACGGACAGCCGCCCGACGUCUCUUCUCCGUCCAUGAGCCCUGCCGAUCUGCACAACACCUCGCCCGAGAUGGACGCUAGCAUCGCUCGCCUUAGCGCCACAAUGGACGAGCUCAUGUCGCCCACUGGCAGCAAGCCGCCUUCCGAGGCGGGCGGCAGCCCUUCUUCCCUCAAGUUUAACCCUGCGAUCAAGUCGCUCUCCUCGACGUCCCGUACGAGCGUGCCUGUGGCAAGACAACCCAGCAGCAGCAGCAUCCGCUCGGCCCGUGAGAGUGGCACUUCGACGCCAUCCAGGCAGCGCGAGCGCGAGCUCAACAAUGCGCUUGUUCAGCCCAUCCUCACCCCACGCUUCGCCAUCUCAUGCACGGACGCCAUGCUCACUGGCAUUUCGGCGCUGCUUUCGCGCGACCCGACGCUGCGUGUCCAAACCCAUCUCAGCGAGAACGAGGGUGAGAUCACAUUUACCAAGCAGCUCUUCCCCUUUGCCAAGAACUACACUUCUGUAUACGACCACUACUCGCUCCUCGGUCCACGCACCAUCUUGGCCCACGCGGUUCACCUAGAUGCCGACGAGCUGGCCAUCAUUAAGAAGCGCAAGUGCGGUGUUUCCCAUUGUCCCACGAGCAACCUCAAUCUGCGUUCGGGAGCGUCUCGCGUAGGAGAGAUGCUCAACAUGGGUAUCAAGGUUGGCUUGGGUACAGACGUUUCCGGUGGUUUCGGGCUGGGUAUGCUUUCGGCUAUCAGAGAAGCCAGCGUUGUCGCCAAGGUGUUGGCUUUCCAACGCGCACAGGCUGAGUCAAAGGCGAAAGAGGAGCAAGAUGCCUUCACGGCCACAGCUCCGCCGACGAGCGAGCAAGUUGCCCGACAAGCGCAACAGCCGCUUAGCGGUACAGCUGCUAUCGAUGGCCGAUACCCAGGUCCGCCUGUUGCCGGUCAGUACCAGCCUAGGAAGCCGCACUCAGUCACCACGUCCAGCCUCAGCCCCACCGAAGUUUCGCAGUCCGUCCAGGAUCCCGCUUCGUCGCUCACCAACAAGGCCACGGUCGACUUUACCAAGGGACCGCUGAGCAUCGCAACGCUCUUCUACCUUGCCACGCUCGGUGGAGCUGAAGUUUGUGCGAUGGCUAGCAGGAUCGGGUCGCUCGAGGUCGGCAAAGAAUUCGAUGCGCUGCUCGUCCAGACGACAAGUCACUGGGGCCCUUCCGGAUACACGGGCAACCCGGGCUGCUUUGUCGAAGAGGAUGAUACGUUGCCUGAUGUGUUUGAGAAGUGGAUGUUCACUGGCGACGAUAGGAACAUCGGAACUGUCUUCGUCCGCGGCCGUGUGGUGGGAGGUGCCAAGCCGUUGCGCGAUUAG